AUGUCUUCUGCUGCUGAUGUUAACACUGCUCAAAUUUCGUUGAAUCAUGGAAAAAACUUUGGUGUAGUUGGUACAAAGUUAAUCCGUGUGAACAUUGGGGAGGACAUUGUAUUUAAGAUAAUGGAUUUCUCACAACAAGAAGAAAUGAAAAUUUCUAUUCAACUGACCGGAGAAGUAUGUAGUGUCACACUACAAGAAGAGUCUGAAAUGGAUAGUAAGAUUGCGACAUAUGAGCAACAGCUACUGAAUUUGACCGACCCCAUAUGGGCUUCUAGCUCCACUUCUAUGUUGAUAGCCAGCUGGAGUCAGGGUCGAUUUCUCAUCAUGUCAUUAUCAUUGUCAUUUAUGGUGUCAGAAGGUAGUAGAAUAUGUGGUCUUCACGUGUUACUAUCUAGGCCAGAUCAUACUGUUUUCGGCGGCUACGUUCUUGGAAUGCUCAUAGCUGCUACUCCAGUAGAGGUGGUUGUGAGUAGCUUCAUUCCGAAAAAGGAAGAGCCUGAGUUUGAGGGAUUUGAUGACUAUUGA